GCAGUGUAGGUCGGAACAUGUAGUGCUUGAAGCUGGAUAUCUCUGUGUUUUUUUUUUUUACCCCCGUCUAUUCAUCUCACGUUGUCUUCUGCAAGUGCUGGAAUAUUUUUUAUUUAAGUGCUUAAAUGGCAUCCACAAGGCGCCGCCGCCUUGUUCCGUGCUUUUUGGGAAUACUUCUAAAUGCUUUAGUUGGUGUGAUGUGCGAUGCAGAACUGUCCUUCAGACUGGAGCCCAGGGACAUCAUCGCGGUACAGGAGCAGCCCCUCAUGCUGCACUGCCAGGUCGACGGCAUCCCCCCAAUAACAAUACAGUGGAGGCACUACGGCCUGCUUUUAACUCAGGAUCAGCAUCACACCACAUUCAUCAACGGCUCACUACUGAUCGCUCACUUCCAGAAGACCAAAUCUGAUAUGUCGUCGGACGAGGGCGACUACGAGUGUGUGGCCGAGAAUUAUUUUGGGCUGGUGGUGAGCCGCAAGGCCCGUAUUCAGGCAGCCACCAUGGCAGACUUCCAUGAACAACCGGAGUCAGUUCACGCUGAGGAGGCCGGCGUGGCAAGAUUCCAGUGCCAGAUCCACGGUCUGCCAGAGCCGCUCAUCAGCUGGGAGAAAGACAGCCGCCCGGUGGACACCAAGGACGAGAGGUACACCCUCUUGCCGACAGGUGUUCUGCAGAUCACAGGUGUGCAUGACGAGGACAGCGGAAAGUUCUGCUGUGUGGCUCAUAACAGUGCAGGAGUGAAACACAGCACCGAGGCACUUCUCACUGUAUCAGGCUCUCAGUCAUCUGUUUACAAAGAGCCUAUGAUAGUGGUCGGUCCAGAAAACCUCACCCUCACUGUACACCAAACCGCCAUCUUGGAGUGUGUUGCCACCGGAUACCCCCGACCCAUCGUGUCUUGGAGCAGACUAGACGGCCGUCCCAUCGGUGUGGAGGGCAUCCAGGUACUCGGCACAGGGAACCUGAUGAUCUCAGAUGUGGGUGUGCAACACUCAGGGGUCUACGUAUGUGCUGCUAACAAACCGGGGACCCGCGUUCGCAGGACUGCUCAGGGACGUCUGGUGGUCCAAGCUCCGGCAAAGUUUGUUCAAGCACCCCAGUCCAUCGCUCGGCCCGUCGGCACCACCGCUAUCUUCACCUGCCAGGCACAGGGCGAGCCGGAGCCCCAGCUCACUUGGCUGAAGAACGGGCAGAUCCUGGAGCCCGGGGGCCACGUCAAACUCAGGAACAACAACAGCACUCUGACGAUUUAUGGUAUCAGCCAGGACGACGAGGCGAUCUACCAGUGUAUCGCUGAGAACAGCGCCGGCUCCACACAGGCCAGCGCCCGCCUCACGGUACUCGGGGCCAACGGACUGCCUGGUGUGCCCUCCCAGGUGCGGGCUGAGGCCCUCUCCCCCUCCAACAUCCAGGUGUCCUGGAGAAAGCCGGAGCAAAACACGCAGGACAUCAUCGGUUAUGUGCUGCACAUCCGCAAGACUUCAGACCCUGCGGAGAUGGAGUAUGAGGAGGCCCUCAGUAAGGCGACGCUGCAGCAGAUCAUCCGAGACCUGGAGGCCUCCACCAGUUACUCUUUCUACGUCAAGGCCUACACAUCCCAUGGGGCCAGCAAACCAUCGGACAGUGUCACGGAGACCACUCACGGGGAGGUGCCAGCGUCCCCUUCUCUCUUCACCAAGGUGAUGAACAGCAGUGUUAUACAGGCAACGUGGGAACCUUCCUCCAAGAUGGGCCAACAACAGGGCUUCAGACUGUACUACAGAAGAGCCCACACUCCGAUGUUCACCGGCCCCAUCCUCUUCCCUCGCAACGUCACACAGUACAACAUCACUCAGCUGGAUCCUUCUCUGGUCUAUGAGAUAAAGCUGUUCGCAUACAACCAACACGGAGAUGGCAACGCCACCAUCCGAUUUGUUUCUCUUCGAGAGGCGUUGGAGAAAUCUGUGUUGGAUGCCCCAUGUGACUGUGUGAAAGAUGAACAGAGCAAAACAUCCACCACAGGCAUCAUAAUCGGCAUACACAUCGGAGUCACCUGCAUCAUCUUCUGUGUGCUUUUCCUUGUCUUCAGCUACCGCGGCAGGUUAAUGAUGUGUAAGGCGGUUCAGGCCACCCCCCAGGCAGGGCACAGCGCUGUGCUGGAGUCCUCCUCCUCCUCCCAGGGGGCCUCUGGGCUCAACGGGGGUGCCAGGAGAGAGAUGGAGGUCAAUGGCAGCACAGCUGGGAAGAAAGUGGCCGACAGCAACGAGCUUGAGAGACUUUUUACUCAGCCCACCACACAAGAUACACGCAUGUCUGACUCCUACGUGCUGAAUGACACCCAGCUGUCUACGAUACCGCUGGACGAGUUUGGGCUGGAGCGAGAGACGCAGUUCCAGGAGCGUCCUGCAGCCGGAGCGGGUCGGCAGGACCAGGGCUGAUCAGGACGAAAGGCCCCUCACACAACACUGUCCACAGUGUCCACUUAGACUCUUCUCUCACUCAGGUUGACAAGUGUUUCCUUUCAAAGUAGUUUUUCCUUUUGUGCAAAUUUGGUCUUUUGUUAAUUUUCUGGUGUUGGGUAGCACACAGAAUAGAGGCCCCAGAAUGUCCUUGUUAUACAAUGAUGAUUUAAUUUUUAAGUUUAUAAAUAUAUAUAUAUACGUAUAUAUCUUUAUCACCUAUAUGUCAAAGUGGUUAUAAGUUAUUGGUCUUAUCUCUACUUUUCUGUGGAUGUCAAAGACUCCUGCUGCCUGCUCACACUACCAAUGAUUCCACCUUAUCGCUCGCAGAAGACCUUAGCCUUCGUCCAGGGACUCGAUGUAUUCUGUCUCAGGACAUUGUUUCAGUGAUACCAACAUAUUAAAUGAGGUCUUGGCCUUCAUACAGGCUCUAGACUUGACUGUGUGAACCUUACGAUUCAACAAAAACCUACCUCAGCCGGAAUGAAUGUGUUGCGGGAAGCUUUUCGGGACAUGACCUUCCCCUGUGCUCACAAUUACGUUACAUGCGGAGGAACUGAUUGGUUAAAAAAUUACAAGAUCAGGUGCCGCACUACCUCAGAUGUCAAGGAUCGUCUCUCUUCUCCUGCUUGUUGAAGCAAAACGAACAAAAAACGAGUAUCCAACAUAAAGCACUUCCAAAUGCUGAAGUUAAUGUUCUACCUCAAGAUAACAAUGUUAAUGUUGUCGCUGUUGUUGUUGUUGUUUGUCUGUUUAUUGCAUAAUGAAAAACCCUAUUUUCUCUCCCCUCUGUGAAAUCCUGGUUUCCCUCUGUUGAUGAAUAUGGUGUUUGUAGAUACAAUGUCAGUACCCUCAUGCAAGUUGACAGACUGAUACCCUGUUGUAUGAAUUACAGUACCUUAGGUAUGAAUAAUGUUGUUCCAUUUUAAGCUUUUUUUUUUUUUUAAUGAUAAGAGCGUUAGAGAUACACUGCAUUGCUAAUGAUGUUUCCAGGGUUCUUUACUGCUCAACGAGUCAUAUUACAUCAUGUUCAAUUGGACAGCAGGCAAAAUGAUGUAAUAUACAGACAUCAUACAUGUGUGUUGAAAUAGCGCUGUGAUUGAAUUGUCUAUUUGUGUGAGUUUGUAUGCAGAUUUUUUUUUGUUGGAAUUAAUGUUUUCAUAGGUAGGCUAUAUGAUUUUUGUAAAACAAGAAUAUUAAGCACAAAUCGUACCCAACACAUUAUGUCACAGUUGUUGGUGUACUGACUUAAAGAAAUUGUUCUGGCAAAUACGCUUAUUGCUGACAGUCGCAUGAUACCACUCAUGUUUUAUCCAAGAAGCUACGGCUGCUAGACGAUUAGCCUAGCUUAGCAUGUACAGUGCAGCACAUCUUCUCCCCUAAAAUCACAUUUAAAUAUUUAAAUUACUGUUUGAGCACAAAUAAAAUAAAUGAGAAAUAACUAAGGUAUUAGUGAGCUUCAGAGGUUCUAGUUUGCAGAUUUGGUUAGAGCAAGGUUGGCUGUUUCCCGUCAUUGAUUGAUUGAUUGAUUGAAAAGUUUAUUAACAGCUUGUAUAUUGGGUACAGUACAGUACAGCUCAAAACAUACAAUUGUUAAGGGGAUGCAGACCAGAGAAAGACUUUCGUCUUGUUUACAUCAGGGUCCCCCAUUUCCAAUUCAUCAUAACAUUCAAGUCGUUAUGCUUAGCUAACACUUCCCUCCCAGCUCUAUCUUCAUACUUAGAUGUUGGGAAAUACACACAUUUUCUUUAUUUGUAUAUAUAAGGCUCAAUUAAUGUACCUAUUAGGGGGGAUUAUGUGCUGGAUUAUUUAUUGACUGUGAGCAGUAACUCCAACUAAUCAUGACAUAUUUAACGGACAGAUGUGAGAGGUGUAUUGGUCUUCUCUUACCUGAUCAAAACAAACGAGUAAGCGUGUUUCCCAAAACUCAAAACUGUUCCUUUGAUUUGAAUGGGAUGCAGUGUAUGUCUAACCUCAUUCUGGAUAUUUUUUGCUGCAGUGCUCUUAUUAUAGUGAUGUUAUUUUCAUGUCACAUUAUCUGCCUCCUUUUUUAAACAAAGUAGUAGCCUUUCAGACUUACGGUGCCCAGGAGACAUGACAGUUGCUGGUCAUGCUUGACUAUUGAUACUUUCUUCCUCAAAAAACGCAACUGCUGCUCAGCCUCCUCCCUCCUGUCAACACUGACUGGUUUAAGUGCUUCAGGAAUACCAUGUUCAUAAUAUCGCUGGAUGUUGACGAUUACAGAUGUAGUGUAGAGCAGGGUGAGGGUGACUCUCCAAUCACAGGGCUCCUUUCCCGGCUCUCUGUUUCUCAGUCGUCACAUACUGUACAGGACUUGCUCUGAUGCAUCAUGGUUACCUACCUCAACCCUGUUUUUGGCUUUUCUCUCAGGUCUUAAUGAAGGAAAGACACAGAGUAUGAACAAAGGAUUAGAAGAAUACACACAUACUUAUAUAAACAUUUACAUAUAUAUAUAUAUAUAUAUAUUACAAUGGUCGCCACAUGCUGGUCAGACAGGAAAAGGGUAUACAGUAAAGGAGGGAGAACUUUUUCAGGACUUUUAUCUCGUGCACUUAGGCCUACUAUUAAAAAAACUGUUCAAUUUCAUGCUUAGUUUCAAGAGGAUGUGAAUGUAUAAUUUGGUUCAUUUUUCUUCAUAUCACAAGCCUUCAAGGUGUUUGACUAUAUAUUCUCUGUUGAAGGUUGAUCACUGAAUAAGUAAACUGGAAAACAUAGAGAGGGUGGCACUUACAACUCCAACACUUACAACUCAAAUGAAUUCAUUCCGUUCUUGCUCCUUAACCUCAGGUUAAUUGGUUAUUACCUAAACCAUGCUACAUUUACGGUAAACAUAUUGGGAAUUUCUGACAGGUGCCACAUUUCCACUUAGCAAAAACAAGCACAGAAGUAUAAAAGUUUGGCAAAUUAGCCAUUUGUUUUGAUGUUUGCAGUGUUGACCUAAAUGGUUCUGUUGCCUCACUUCAGUGCAAAGCUAACAUUGAGUUGCACUUUGCAAAGGCAACUACACCUUUACCUUUAUCUACAUUGUUGGUGUUUAAUCCAAAAAAUGUUGUUUGGUGUAAGCUGGUCAGCUCACUUGGUAGCUAUUUUUCUGCCAGCUUUCAACAAAGCAACAACUCUCUGCUAUACUGAGAAGCAGCAGAGCUAGCAAGGCUAGCAUUUGGUGGUUUUACAGUUUUACCGAUAUUGAAGCUGUUAAGUAAAUGAAGCAUAAUGAGCAAUGAAAAUGUAGGAAAUUGGAAAAUUAAGAAUUGACAUUCACCUUGACAGUUGUUUCUGUCCCCACAGAGAAUCACCUGCCACCCUCGUGUAUUUUUGCAAACCUGCAUUAGACACAGUUUAUAUUGUAGUGAUCACCAUCGGUACUGUAAUGUUAUGCCUUAUGAAUUUCUUUGUCUAUGCUUAUUUGUUUGCAGAUGUUUUCCCUGCAUUCAUUUAUUGUAUUUAAUUGUACGCUCUGGUGUUAAUAUUAUGUUACAAGUGUUGGAAAAACAAUAGUGGUACUUCAAGAUAGCAGAAACAAAUGUCUCCUGCUUGUAUAUUUGUAUACCUACCAACGUGAUUAUGUAAUCUCCAGGGCUGCUGCAGCCUUAAUCAGUGUAUUUACUGUUGAGAGUAAUUUCACUGGGGAAACAAGUGGUGUGCUUGUCUCUCUUCCUUCCUUCCUUCCUCUGUCCCUCGGUGUAAUUUAGGGUUAAUAUCCUGCAGGAAAUUGCCCACAUCUCACCCGUGGAUGUGACAGAUUUUAGUGCUAUACUGUUUAACCUGAUUCACUGGGGAUGUGGUGCAGUGACGAUCAUGUUUACGUGAUAAGACUUUGAUAGGUCAGGUUGUCAUUUUACUGUUUAAUAUUAGAACUUGUGUGAUUUACCGGAGACUGACUGGCUGCUGUAACUCCAUCAGCAGAAGGAACAAAGUUCCUUCGCUGACACAGAGAUAAAAGGGCCUUUGUCUUGUAUAUUUUGCAGCCUUGGGAAGUGCUAUAUCACCAACUAAGCUCCUGUCAGUAAGCCAGCCUCUGUUUCUCUAUUAAGGAAUCCUGAACUUUGGACAGGGAGAGUGUAUGCUCAGGGACUCUGAUCCUUAGCGGGCCACACUUGGCCUUCUGGAAUUUACAGCAUUUCCCUCUUUAAAUUCUGCUAAUGCCCAGUUAAGGGAUGCCUUUUUUGUUGGUCAUUUUACAUAAAUAAAAGAAAUAGUUGGCAGGAUGAUAAACAUGUCCUCUUUUCCUCAACUUCAGGGAAAUCACAUUCACAAGGACACUUCAGUUUUUCUUUAGAUCUCAGUCGAAGAUUACUGUAAAAGUCUAUAAAUCUUCCAAAAGUCUGCCUGGAUUACCCUAGAAGUGAUCGUCUUCUGUGGUAAUGCUUCUUGCUGCGUAAAACCUAAAUGACUAAAAACCUUCUGUAGUUCUCUCUUUAGUGUUGAUAUUCAUUCUAAUGCUGUAACUAUUCACUCAAUACAUCUAUAAAUAAAUCGGCAUAACAAUUUAUUAACCGUUUAACACAUUUCUCAAGCACUAAAUGAUGGUAAACUGAAUAUUUUUGGGUUUUAGACAAAAAGUAUUAAAUAAUUUAUCUUGAGCUUCAGGCAAAUCAAUUGUUUGGGACAUUUUACACUAAUGUUUUAACUGUCAACUGAGACAAUAGUUUACUGAAAUAAAUAAAGGUAUUACAUAAGUAUUAAAAUAAAUUAAAAAAACAUUAGUUGCAGCUGCAUUUUAUUCAUACUUCUUCUCAGGUUCUCACAAAAAAGGCAUCCUGGGCUGGGCAUGUGCAGGAUUUGUUUUGCAUUGCCAGUAUCAAUGGUUGAUCUCAAGGGCAAGUAUGUUUUGGGUAACCUGAAAUAUUUUCUCUUUGGUUUCUCUAAAAGUCUAAAGCCUCUGCUUGAAAUACAUUACCUUUAUCUGAUAUGGUAUUGAUCAUUGUGGCACAAAAUGAUCACCCGAUAUGAUUGUGAAUUGAUUAAAUUUCCGAUGCAUUUAUCUCUCUGUCGUUCUGCUCUGAGACCCCGAUGACUGUACAUGUCAAAUAAUGCUGAGUUUAAAGAUUUGAAGAUGGUGAUUUAAUGUAAAUGUACUUUAAUGUUUGAGAUCAGUAUUAUAUUUUAUAUACCUCUGUCAGAGAGAACCCUACAGUAGAUCUGCAUGAGAAAUUAAAAGCUAAAGUGUUAUUUAAGCUGAAAUGAAAAGUGUUGGUUAGCAUUAUUGGACUUGUGAUGGUAGCUGAUAUUUAGACAAAUAAUGACAGAAUAAUAUUGUGAGCUCAAUAUGGUGCUAUUGAUGGUCACUGUUGGUCAAUCUGUUUUGAUGGUGUGUAUUGAUGAAAAUAGGUUGAGUGACCUUUUUUCCGUUGAUAAAUCUGUCUUGCUCUCGCUGAUGUCUGAUUAUCACCUCAUCUUCAUCCUGUUUCCACCAGUCAUCCUCACGAGUGACUCGGGGUGAGAUCCUGUCAGUCCUGUUACCUUUUAAACUGACAAGCUGUUUUGAUUUUCCUUCGCAAACCCUCUUUGCUUAAGGACAAUGUCUGUUCUGUAUUGAUGUUGUCAACACUCUCUAAAGCCGCUGGGUGAUCCCUAAUUUGGCCCCAGAAAUAAGAACAAAGCUCCUGGGUCAGAUCUACUGUGCAUGCAGGUGAUAGACCCCCCCCCCCCACCCCUUAAAACCUGCCCUUUGAGGUUAGCGUCAAACAUGAAGGUGAAUAACAGCUUGUCAGUUAAAAACAUCUUUGUUUAAGCUUUCAGAGACAUGCAUUGUAAAAUCAAAAGCACCACAUUCACGUUUGUGAUUCUCAGUCUAAGCUUUGAUCCUGCAGCACUGCAGGCAAAAUAGUUUUAUUUAGUCUAAAGAUAAAAUUAUGCCGAUAUCUUGUUGCCAUAUUUAACCAUGUAGGCGUAAGAAUAUCUGACCUGCUCUUGCCCAAUGUUGCUGGUUUGUAUCCAGAAUUGUACUCAUAUGCAUAAAAUAGAUGAACUGAGGUGAAACUAUUUGUAAUUGUUUAUAGAUACCACCAGUUUUUUACUUUAUUGGCAUUGUCAACCAGGACACGACCAAUGAAAGCAUGGCUGUUAUUUAUGUUCACCAUCUCUUCUGGAUAGAUUGAUAUAUUAACAGUAUAUAAGCUGUCCUGGUUGAGAUGAUAUAGGACAGGAAUCUUAUCACACACAAAACUAGUUAUGUUAGGUUUUUGGAAAUAAAAAAAUGUAUGGCUUUUUUCAAUCAGUCUUUUAUGUAUAUGCAUUCACAGAAAUAAUUGUUGUCUUCACCUUCAGUAGAACAUGUGACAGCAACAAAGGGCAAGAGAAGGCAAACGCUGUCAGCCGUUUUAUUCUAGCUUCAGUUUAUUUUAUUGAUACAACUAAAUAUGUUUGUGUCUAUGCAGUUUAUCAUAAUUUUUAAAUUCCUACAGGGUUCAAAUGUGGUGCCAACCUGAAACCAAAAACCAUAUGCAUUUACCAGCUGUGUAAACUACUUGUUUAUGUCACAAAACAAGCCUCAUCCAUUGUGUUGCCUGCGUUCAAUUAACAGAUCGACCAGUUGGAACAAAGGAGCACAGAUCUGUAAAGCCAGCCUAUGAUCACACAUCUGUCUAUCUGCAGAGGUCACUGCCUCUGUCUGUCUUACUGUUUCUCCCACAGUUUAAUUCAGGUCAAUAUGAGAUGAUUUAAAAAGCGUUCUCAGAGCAUUGUCAGGGAUCACUUCUGUAUGUUUCCACAAAUGUAUGUUUCUACACUCUCUAGACCAAGGUGUUGAAGUUUAACUCUGUAUACAUAUCCACAUACAAAGUGUGUGCUGUAUGUGUGUAUGUAUGUGUGUAAAAACAUAGAAAAUGUUUAGUGGUUUGUAUUGUUUAAGGGUUCAUUGUGCAAAACUGAAUAAAAAACAAUAACAGUGAUAAUA